AUGCCUGAGACCGUGUUUUCCAGCGAAACUGCAAAAACCCAAGCCAUAGAGAUUUUGGAAAUUCUUGAAAACCUUUACCGUGCGAUCGAAAUGUACGAAGAUUUCUCUAGUGCAGAAUCGUUCAAGUAUUUGAACGAACAAAUGGCUCUCCGGAAGGGCUCGUUAACCAACUUUUCACAGGAGCAAUGGUUAAAGUACUCCGCAAGGCUGAGUGCUUGUCAAACACCCGACAAUGUUCUUAUCUCGGAACUUGUUAAGCAUAUACGCAAUAAUAGCGGCAAAGACUCGCGAACCAUAGUGUUUAUUCGAACACGAAGAGGAGCCUCUGUGCUAGCUGAAAUGCUCAAUAAGCAUCCCCUCGUGAAUGCAGACGGGAUUCGAGUAGAAUGCAUCGCAGGUCUGAAUAGGGGGACAUUUGAGACGACGACAAAACGCGAGCAGCUGGAGAAAUUGCGGAGGUUUCGGAAAGGCGAAACUCGUGUACUUGUGGCGACAUCGGUGGCUGAUGAAGGACUAGAUGUUGCGGAAUGCAAUCUUGUCGUCAAGUACAACUGCGCCACAAAUGAGAUUGCGCACGUGCAGCGAAGAGGACGUGGCCGAGCGGAAAAUUCAAGGAGCAUUCUAAUCACUCAAAAUAGGAGGUUGGUAGAACAAGAGGAGGGGAACGUAGCGAAGGAACGUUUAAUCAACCACGUUCUUAGAGCAAUUCAAGAAAACAAAAUUAAUCUUGAAGCUCGUGUAAGUGGCUAA